UUCAGCUCAACCGCUAGAUGUCCUAGAUGUCGUGGAUGUGUGAAGUGGGUGGUAUUUGGUAUCGUCUUAGGUUUACUACAUUGACAGUAAAGGCAAGGAGUUUCUUCACCGGUCGAAUAUCUCAUUGAGAACAGAAAGAGAAUGCCGGCCGUCAGAGGAGAUGGUAUGCGGGGCCUGGCCGUCUUCAUUUCGGACAUUCGAAACUGUAAAAGCAAAGAAGCGGAAAUAAAGCGAAUUAAUAAGGAGCUGGCCAACAUACGAUCCAAAUUCAAAGGCGACAAAACCUUGGAUGGCUACCAAAAAAAGAAAUAUGUGUGCAAAUUGCUAUUCAUCUUCCUCUUGGGACACGAUAUAGAUUUUGGUCACAUGGAAGCCGUCAAUCUUCUAUCAUCCAACAAGUACACCGAGAAGCAAAUUGGCUACCUUUUCAUCUCAGUGCUGGUCAACACUAACAGUGAUCUGAUUCGAUUGAUUAUUCAAAGUAUCAAGAAUGAUUUGGCGUCACGCAAUCCCAUUCACGUUAACUUGGCACUUCAGUGCAUUGCCAACAUAGGAAGCAAAGAAAUGGCCGAGACCUUUGGCACAGAAAUCCCGAAAUUACUUGUGUCGGGAGACACUAUGGACGUUGUAAAGCAGUCGGCUGCUCUCUGUCUUCUGAGACUGCUUCGAACCUGCCCGGAAGUCAUACCAAGCGGAGAAUGGACAUCACGAAUUAUCCACUUACUAAAUGACCAGCACUUAGGAGUUGUAACGGCUGCUGCCUCUUUGAUUGAAGCCCUGGUGAAACGGAACACUGACGAGUACAAGGGAUGUGUUAGCCUGGCAGUCUCUCGUCUCAGCCGGAUCGUGACAGCCAGCUACACAGAUUUACAGGACUACACUUAUUAUUUUGUACCCGCUCCCUGGCUGUCUGUUAAACUUCUGAGACUACUGCAAAACUACCCUCCACCGGAGGAUGCCGGUGUCCGCGGAAGAUUAACUGAAUGUUUAGAAACCAUCUUAAACAAGGCACAAGAACCGCCGAAAUCAAAGAAAGUGCAGCAUUCUAACGCUAAAAAUGCUGUUCUCUUUGAGGCAAUCAGUUUAAUCAUUCACGCCGAUAGUGAUGCAACAUUGCUCGUUCGGGGAUGUAACCAGCUCGGCCAAUUCUUGUCCCACCGGGAAACAAAUCUGCGGUAUCUAGCACUAGAGUCGCUAUGCCUCUUGGCGACUUCAGAAUUUUCCCAUGACUCGGUGAAGAAGCAUCAGGAGACUGUCAUCAAUGCACUUAAGACGGAACGAGAUGUAUCGGUGCGUCAACGAGCAGUUGAUCUCUUGUAUGCCAUGUGUGACAAGAGCAAUGCCGAAGAGAUCGUUCAGGAAAUGCUAAACUAUCUUGAAACUGCUGAUUACUCGAUUCGAGAAGAAAUGGUGUUGAAAGUAGCUAUUUUGGCUGAGAAAUAUGCUACAGACUACACGUGGUACGUCGACGUUAUUCUCAACUUAAUUCGUAUUGCUGGGGAUUAUGUUUCCGACGAAGUCUGGUUCCGCGUUAUCCAGAUUGUAAUAAACAGGGACGACGUUCAAGGUUACGCAGCUAAAACAGUGUUCGAAGCUCUCCAGGCACCGGCAUGUCACGAAAAUAUGGUGAAAGUAGGUUCCUAUGUUUUAGGGGAGUUUGGCAAUCUAAUUGCAGGAGAUCAGCGUUCUUCCCCAGCUGUCCAAUUCCAACUUCUACAUUCCAAAUACCACCUUUGUUCCGCCAACACCCGUGCUCUUUUGCUGACUACCUAUGUUAAGUUUGUCAACCUGUUUCCGGAGAUCAAACAUCUUAUACAAGAUGUGUUCAAAGCUGACAAUAAUCUACGCAGUGCUGAUGCCGAGCUCCAGCAACGAGCAUCUGAAUAUCUCCAACUUAGCAUCGUCGCGUCAACCGAUGUCUUGGCAACAGUUCUAGAAGAGAUGCCUCCUUUCCCAGAACGGGAAUCUUCCAUCUUGGCUAUUUUAAAGAAGAAGAAGCCAGGCCGCGUUGCCGAGCCCGGAACAGCAGGAAACGACUCGGCUACUCCCAAAGAGCGGAAGAGUCCCGCGUUGAACUCGGUGGGCAAUCACUCCACACACAAUACCAGUAACCAGAGCACCGAUCUUCUUGGUUUGACAUCGCCUUCUGGGUCUUCGGCCUCGCCAAAUCCUGCUCCAUUAGUCGACAUGCUUGCCGAUGUAUUCAGCUCAGCUUCUCCGCCAAGUGUCAAUAACGGAUUUGGCUCUUCGUUUCAACCCAUCGACAAUUUGAAAAAGUUUGCCUGCAAGAAUAACGGGGUGCUCUUUGAAAACGACCUGCUUCAAAUCGGAGUCAAGUCGGAAUUCCGUCAGAAUCUCGGGCGCAUUGCGCUAUAUUUUGGAAACAAAACAUCAUUUGCUCUACAGGGCUUUUCGUCUUCUGUGGGAACCCCGGGAGAUCUAGCAACGAAACUGAUUCUUCAAGUUAAACCCGUCGAUGUGAACGUCGAUGCCGGUGCACAAAUUCAACAGCUGGUCAAUGUCGAGUGUGUCGACGAAUUCUUAGAAUAUCCGACGCUAACUAUUCUCUUCCUCUACAACGGAGUGCAACAGCGAUUGAGUCUCAAGUUGCCGUUGACAAUUAACAAGUUCUUUGAACCCACCGAAAUGAACUCGGAAGCAUUUUUCACCCGUUGGAAGAAUCUCAGCGGUUCCAAUCAAGAAGCUCAGAAAAUAUUCCAAGCUACUCAACCAAUCGACGCGUCUCACAUUCGCACGAAAUUGAUCGGUACAGGCAUGAAAUUGUUAGACGGCAUUGAUCCAAACCCAGAAAACUACGUUAGUGCUGGCAUCAUCCACACUCGCACCCAGCAGAUCGGUUGCUUACUAAGGCUUGAGCCCAACCGUCAAGCCCAGAUGUAUCGUCUGACUAUUCGUUCGAGCAAGGAUUCGGUGGCAAAGCUGAUAUGCGAUCUUCUCUGCGAUCAAUUUUGAACCAACAGGCACGCGUGAAACGAACUUAUAUAGAAACAGCAGAGAUAACAGUUGACAUGCAACCCACUGAAGGAAAAAAUUAUCGUAAAGAAAUUAGUCGAAUGACGAAAAAGAUUUUCAUACAAGACAACAACAACAACUAAAAAUCCCGGCAUCAACCGACAUCGCCGAGUCCACGCGUCAAAAGAUGUUUGCAAUAGGCAAAUAGUUUUGAUCGGGCCCAACAUAUACGUGUUUGUUCGUCUUCAUUACCGAACGAUUUGAUUCGGUAAUUUUCUCCUUUAAAAAAAAUCUAUGUUUGUGAAAUUCCCCAAGUUUAAAUAUUUCUUAGUGGUCUUGUGCACUUUAUUUCCCCCGCUUUACUAUAUUAUUUCCUUGUACUUUAAUUCCGGUGACUGAGGUUGAUUGGAGUACCACCACUUUUUACCUCGGCAUCUAAGGAAGUUAGCGGCGUGAAGAAAAGCCAUUAUUCUUUGUGGAACUCUGCUGUUCGUCGUACUUUAUCAUUAUUCAUAUUAUUUUUUUUUUCUUUCUUGUUGUUACUUAUUUAGCUGUUAAUUCUCCACAAAAAAAACCGCCCUCUUCUCCAUAUCCCGGACUCUUUCUCCUGAAAAAAAAAAAUACACCGUGCACGUGUUCUCUGUUGA